CCGCCGCAUAAUUUGCCGCCAAAGCCGCAAAUUGGCGCUGGGCAGCCACCACUGCCGCUGCAACACAACAAGCCAGUUCCUGCCAUUCCGGCACGUUCCGCAGAACGUGCACCGCCACCAGAGAUACCACCAAAACGACAUAGCCUUAAAAGCUUACCAGAUGGCAUACCAAUGCCACCACCUAGCCGUCAACCGCCACCGUUGCCUAAGAAACCGACGUCAACACAAAGUUCAGCACAUAAUAGUGCACAAAACUCUCCUCUUGCGGCAGUUAAAUUUAAAGAGAAGCCACCUCCGCCACCAGAAAAAUUCGAAAUAAAACGUAGCUCAAAUCCUUUCGAUCCACCCAUUAACUUAGGCAAUGAAAGCAGUACAAAAGGAUCUGUGCUUUCCCCAGUACCAGUACCAGUACGAGAACCUGAAAAUCAUGUUAAGAAAAAUGUAGCACGUCUAUCACCUAGUGAAGAUUUUGGCUCCGAAGAUGCGUUGCGUGGGAUAGAAAGUGGGCUACGCAACAUGGAAAGAGCUAUGCAGGAACAAAUGAAUUUGCGCUCAAUGGAAGCAGCAGUCGUGGCUGCUCAAAAUAAUUUUGAUUUAAACUUUAAGGCCGGACUUACUGGUGCUAAUCGUCAUAUUGUUAAUUUACGAGCAGCAGCAUACGAACGUCACCUUUCAUUAGAUGAAAGUCGUGACGUAGGCAGUGCAGCGGCUGCUGCAAGACAAUCAUUUGAGGAGUUGAAACAGUUACGCACACAACAGCUACAAAACGUAGCUGCUAACAAUGCUGCAGAGCAUUCUAUGCGUCCAACCAUAGAACAUCAUAUGCGUUCACUAGAUCGUAAUUUACCACUAGAAUUACAAUAUAGCCGCCAUCGUGUUCAAGCACAAGCUGCACAAGAGUUUGGUAAGCCAAACCCAAACGCAAUGGGAAUGCCUGGAAGUGGAAGUGGUGUAGCUGGCGGGCAGCAAAAUCAGCCAGUGCCUUUGAGUAGUGAAUUUCGUGAGCAUAUACGCCAACAACUUCUAGGCAACAUACCGGGUAAUGUCAUGCAUAAUACAGGACAAACACCGGGUUCAGCUGCAGCGGCUGCGUUAUUACAACAUCAAGCACAAUCGCGUGCCGCAGCGGCAGCUGCUGCUGCAGCCGCUCAAGCUACGGGCGGAUUGACACGGGAAGAAAUGCGUAUGCGACGUCGGUCAUCACAUGAUGAAACACAACUGGCACAGAAUGCAGCUCCUGGUCUUCCAGGUAAAGGUAAAAAUUCAUUUAUUAAAACAUUUCCCAAUACAGUGGUAAGUGAAUAG